UUCUGAGUCUGCUCCUGAAAUAGUCAGUCUCAGGGAAAAAACAUGCUUCACUGCUGCAGCAACUGAGCUGAAGUCACAAUCUGGAGUGAAUCUGCCGGUUAAGGGAAGCCAAGAUCUUAGAACGUGGCCAGCUUUUGCCAUAAGCAACAGUCAGGUUCUCCAUCCGAAGAGCUAAGCUGCUGCUUUACAUUCAGGAUCUUUCAAAAAGACAAUGGCCAAACUGUUGCAAGCUCCACCCAAGUUCUUCCCCACAGAGUGGCAUAUUGCAAGCAAGACACAGUAUGCUAGUGCGGAGAGUCAGAGAUCCAGAUCAGAGCGACUUGUAGCUGAGAGCCAGAGGCUGGUGGAUGAAAUCGAAAAAACAACGCAGAAAACCCAAAGUGACGUUAACAAGAAAAUAGAACAGAGACUUGAUGAAAUAAAAUUCUGGAAGCAGGAAUUAGAUGACAAACUAGAACAGAUUGUUAAUGAGACAGAGGUGCUGUUGACUUUUAAGACAAGGCUAGAGAAAGCAUUGGAAAGCUGUAAAGAGCCACUAUUCAUCGCUCAAGAGUGUCUCUUGAACAGGCAGAGGCGAGUUGGGAUUGACUUGGUCCAUGACGAAGUGGAGCGGGAACUGAUAAAGGAAGUUGAAGUGCUCCAAGGGAUUAUGGCUUUGCUUGAGUGCACACUGGAACAAACCAAUGAGCAAAUUAGGUUAAACCGUUCAGCUAAAUACAAUCUGGAGAUGGAUCUGAAAGACAAGUUCACCGCCUUGACAAUUGAUAACUAUUGUUCCAACCUGACAAACAAUACACCUGAUAUAAGAUAUGCCAGAAAUGUAGUGAAGGUUGAAGGAAAUUCUGUGAGCCCUGAAGACUGGGUAGAUUUCUCAAAUGUAAAUAUUGAAAAGGCCGACAAGCAGAGAAACAACUCUUUGGCGCUCAGGGCCUUGAUUGACCGAAUCUUAUCCCAGACAGCAAGUGACAUGCGCAAGCAGUGCGAGACGGUGAACAUUGCUUUUAAGAACAGGGUGAAGGAGACAAAAGAUGCAAAAAACAAACUGGAGAUCCACCUUGCUAAGGUGAUGGAUGAGAUUACAUCCCAGGAAAAGAACAUUGCGGCCUUAAAGAAAGCUAUAAUCGAUAAAGAAGGACCUGCCAAGGUGGCUCACACACGUUUGGAGACGAGGACCCAUCGUCCCAAUGUGGAGCUGUGUCGUGAUAUGGUGCAAUACAGGCUGAUCAGUGAGGUUCAGGAGAUCACAACCAAUAUUCAGAGACUAAAGGACACUUUGGCACAAGCUGAGGUGGAGCUGAAAGGUCUGAGCCGUCGACAGCUUUUGCUGGAGGAGGAGAUCCAGGUCAAGGAGAACACACUGUACAUCGACGAAGUGCUGUGCAUGCGGAUGAGGAAGUCCAUUUCCAUUAACGAUUUCUGAAGCCCUGAUGUCAGACACAGCAUUCCCCCACACUGGGCCAGAUUCUGCUGGGAGAUACACCAGGGCAAAGCCGGAGGAACUCCACUGAACAUUAACCUAGCGACUCUGUGUUUACACUAGUGUGACUCAGAGCAGAACCUGGCCUAGGUGUGUGAAUUAAUUUAAAAAGACCUAAAUGUCUCCUCCCCAGCUGCUGUGUCCCAGAAAAUCUAUUGUAAGCUUUCCAGUAGACAUUAAAA